AUAAUUUUCCUGAAUUAUAUUUACAAAAAGUUCGAAAAGAAGAUAUACCAGCUCGUAUUGUUUAUACAAGUUUAUAUUUAAUAACAAUACUUUAUGCAUAUUUAACACGUUUUUGGCGUAUAUCACUUGUUUUAUUAACAUUACAUUAUUUCAUAGAAAUUUUUUAUCAUUCAUCACGUCUUGCUCAUUUUUAUGCUACAACUAAAACAGGUUCAACAACAGCUAAAUUAGUAUCAAUAUAUUUAUUUAAAACAUGGAAUAUUAUAUUUGUUAUUGGACGUCUUGCAUCUGUUGUUUUAGCAUGGUUAACAUUUUGGUUUGGUUUAAAAACUUCUUCAAUUAAUAAAAUAACAUUUACAACAACACCAAUUGCAAAUUUAAAUGAAAAUAAUGGUACAUUAAAUGAAUCAAUUAUUAUUUCAAAUUUUAAUACACCAACUGUUCGUCUAUUUACACUUGUUGCAACCGGUGUUCUACAAUUUUGGCUUGUUUGGAAUUUUAUUCAAGUAAAUAAUUAG